CAAAGGAGGUCACCUAGCUGCCAAUACUGAGAAGACACUGUAUGAACACAGCACUGGCCAGGCAGGAGUCAUUACAGAACAAUGGUUCACAGGUAAAGGUGUAAUGAACGAGGACGCUAGAAUAAGGAUAUACAUUGAUGGGGAGACUACAGCCAGCAUUGAUUUUAUGCUGUUACUAGCUCACGGGGUUGGAGGCACAGAAGCCACUGAAGUGGGUAACAUCCCAUGGGGUACUAACAGAAUAGCUCAUGCUGCUGAUGGUGGUAUAUACAAUACCUACCGGAUACCUUUUGCUAAUUCUUUUAAAGUUACUGCAACCCAUCCCAAUGGUGGGACCUUCUGGUAUAUCAUUCGUGGGGUUGAGAACUAUCCUCUUAUCCUUGGAGACCUUCUUCUACCAAAAACAACGAAACUCAAACUCUAUAAAAAUGUCGGCAUAUCUCUUAAACCGUUGGAUUUCAUAACUCUUGCUGAGGUUGAUACCACUGCAGGUGCUGUGUUUCAAGUGACCCUGUCUGCAAACAGCACUGAUUUUAACUACCUUGAAGCCUGCAUGAGGGUAAUCAUUGAUGGCUCCAACACUACAAUGUUCCUUUCCUCUGGUACUGAAGACUUCUUUCUCUCUGCUUACUAUUUUGACAGAGGUUUGUACCACCUUGAUAACUCAGGCUGCACUGUCAAAGAAGGAAAAGGUCAAAUGUCAGCUUACAAGUUCUUUGAGAAUGAUCCUUUGCUGUUCAGUAAAUCCCUCAAGCUAUCCUGGCGAUGCGGUGAGAGCAGAGAUGGGCAAUUAGGCUGCCCCAGUGACUUCCCUCCUCCAACCAGCAGGCCCGAGAGGCUGGAGGCACCACUGCUUGCUAACACUACCGUCACUACCUACACAUGGGUCUAUGUGUGGGCCAUGUGAUUGUAUUCAUUGCUAUGCUGUCCCGCCCUUUCUUGCUGAAUUUUGUAUAUUUGCUGUUUGUUUAUUAUCAUGCUGAAGCUAUUUUUAACGCUAUUUUUAGUCCAAAUAUGUUUAGGUGUCCAAGAAUAUUACGUGGGUGGGCUCAAGAACAAUGGAGACUCACCUACCACAACUUUACUCAUAACUGGAAGUGAUGGGGCCACUUCAGUCACAAUUAGGAACAUCAGUACAACCAUUUCAUCCUUCAGCUUAGACAAUCAUCAAAGUAUGGAGCUGGUACUACCUUAUGAUAUAUCAGUCCUCAAUAGCAGUUACUCUCAGCGUAAUAAAGGUGUUAAAAUUCAAUCCAGUGCUGCUAUAUCAGUGGUGGUAUUGAGUCAAAAUGGUAAUAGUUCUGAUGCCUAUCAAAUGCAUGAAGAAACCAGCCACAACCAAUUAGGCAAUUAUGUCUACUAUGCUCUCACUCCAGGAGCCAGUAGGAGUGAGACAGUGAGCAGUGCCUUGUACUACAGUCAAAUAUUACUACUUGGCAGGGAGAGUGAGACAUCUGUCACCAUAAAACCAACACAGAGCAUUAACAUAUCCACUGACUUGCAAAGUGAGAGUGAUCUGGCUCUUGUUGAGUCUGGCUCAAGUUAUACUGGGGUACUGCAUGAGUAUCAAACGCUAUUGAUACAAUCACCUCUUGAUUUGACGCUAACACAAAUCAUAUCAACGAAACCACUGACAGUUAUAACGGGACAUGAGUGUGCAUCAUUUGGUUCGCCUACCUGCAGUUACAUUGCAGAGCAAAUACCACCUACCAUCGACUGGGGGACCCAAUUCAUACUAUCACCAUUGGGAACUAAUGACUCACAGACUCAUGUGAUACUAAACAGUGAAGAGAACCAAGAUGCACUGAUUACCCUCUCAUGCACUAACGGCUCCAUUGAACAGUUCACAAUACCUCCUGGGUCCUUGCGCUAUACCUCUGGUCCUUUUGGUGUCUUCUGUACGCUGGACUCAAGCUCAGCCUUACUGGUUGGUCUAAUUACUAAUGGAAGCCAUCCUCUAAUGUCAUUAGUACCACCAAUAUUAGCCUUCCAAACUACUGAGUUAAGAUUUACAUCAUUCUCAUGUACCACAAAGACUUACAUCACACUCCUACUACACAACUUCAACGCCAGUAAUAGUAAUGCUAAUAUUGAUCCAUUGGUUGGUAUCACUAGAAAUGCUAUUAAAGUUUCAAGUAACAAUAGUGCAGUAUCCCUCACCAUUGAUACCGAGUUAUCAAAUUACACUGGCCUUGUGGUUAUUAACAGUUCAGGGGCUCUUGUAUACAAUACAAAUGAUGAUGGGAAUUCUUGUCUCUUUUCUUACACGCCAAACUGGAGUAGAUCAAUUUCAGCAAGUAUUCUAACCUUUGCCAAGUCUAGCUAUACUGUAUCAGAAGGUGAUGAAUCAGUAUUGAUUGGAAUCAACAGGACGCUUGAUUUGAACACUGAGACUCAAGCAGUGAUCAGUGUAUCAGGAGGGACAGAGGGUGAGUCUCUAUGAAUAUUGUUAUAGUGU